CUAUAUUUUCUCUUCAAAAGCACGAUGGAUUCAACUGCUUAACCCACGUAUCGUAUAGUGGGUAUCAACUGCUCAAGCGUAGAGGAGUUUAUAUUUCUUCCUCAACUACACGUUCUUCAAUUCUAAAGUUCCUUCUUCUAUCAAGAUUUCAAGAAAACUUACGGCUUAUGCAAAAGAUGGCUACUCACAUUGAUUUCAUCAAGGAUAUAACAAUUUCGAAGAUGCAAUGGAAGUUGAAAGUUCGUGUUGUCCGUAUGUGGGAAGUACCAGAUCGUUUUAAUCCAGACACUAUAUUCUCGAUUAAAUUGGUUCUACAAGAAGAAAAGGGCGAUCGCAUAAGUGCUUCUACUGGCAAGUCAGUUUUGCAUCUUUUCAAAACACAAAUUACUGAGCUUGGAUUAUAUAAUAUGGCGAACUUUAUUGUUUGUCAUAAUAAGGAGAAGUUCAACACCACGAAACAUAGGUUGAGGCUGACGUUUACUCAACGGACAACAAUGGCUGAAACAACUGAUUCACUUUUCCCAAUCAAUAUCUUUGAUUUGCGACCAUAUGAUCAAUUGAUAAAUAAGGUUGACGUGAACAAGGCUGAAUUAUUUGAUGUCAUCGGAGAAAUUGUCAAUUUCAGUGAGGUACAAACGCAAAACCAAGGUGGAAUUUCUAGGAAGUUUAUGGAUAUUGAACUAGAAGAUGACGAGAGGAAGAAGUUGUCUGCUACAUUUUGGGGGGAGUUUAUUGAUGAAAUUAUUCCUCAUCUACUAAGUGCUAACAACCAGCCUAUUAUUGUUGUUAUGCAGCUCAUAAAAGCCAAUAAAUAUCAAGAUUCAUAUUCUGUGCGCAAUACAUGGAAUGCAUCAAAGCUGUGGAUUAAUCCAAAUUUUCCUCAAUCUGAUGAAUUUAAAACACGAUUACUUUCUGUUCGGGAUAAUAACUCCGAGAGGCUGACUCAAACCAUCUCUCAACAAAGUUACUCUGUCUCGGAUGAGUUGGAGAAGGGCAUUGUUCAAGUUAAAACAAUUGGCCAAUUAGUGGAGUCCAUGCAAGAAGGUCCAUGUUGGAUUGUCGCAAGUAUUGAAAAUUUAGAACUUGAAAAAGGAUGGUCGUACGUUAGCUGCAAGAAGUGUCAAAAGAAGGUGGAUAAACUAGGAAACAUUUAUUAAUGCCCAAACCCCAAAUGUAAACAUGAAGAUUACUCGGCAGUUAUUAGGUACAAGCUUCAGGUUAGAGUAAUGGAUACUACUGGAUCUGUUUCCCUAUUGCUCUGGGACCGUGAAACCAGGUUUCUUAUAGGCAAAUCAGCAAAAGAAUUGAAAGAAGGGUUUCUUGAGAAUACUGGUGCUGUUGAUAAGUAUCCCUAUCCAGUAGAGCUGAACAAUAUUCUCCAAAGAAAAUUCAUGUUUAAGGUUAUUAUCAAGACAAAGAACAUUCACCAGCAAAAGGAAGUUUAUAGUAUUGUUAAGCUUACGGAUGAGGAGCAACUGAUAAACAAAUAUAGUCCUGCUCAACCUUCAGAUGACUUAACUGAACCUGACUUCAAUAAUAUUCAAGUCUUAGAUGGAGAGAAGGAAUGCGAGGAUUCCACUGAAGAUAACGAUACAACCGAUAUUGCACAUACACCUGACCAGAUAGGUAUAACUAAUGUUGCAACAAUGGUUGAAGAAGAUCCGAAUGCACAAUUGUCAGGAAAUAAAAUGAAGAGAGUAUUUAAGAAGAAGAAAACAACAUAAUGUGUUCGGGAAUGUUACAGUUGGAGAAAUCAAGAACUAUUUUAUGAGUUCAUUUAGUAUAUUAUUACUACUCUUCAGGAAUGUCUAUACCUGACAAGCAGUAUGUAAUGAGGGAUUGGAUUAUGCUUAUUUAUGCACCAAACAGAACUGAAAGACUUGAGUAAACAUGAUAAGAAUAUGUAUCAUGGGGAUUGGAUUAUGCAUUUUUUAAGCGCACCAAACAAAACUGAAAGAAUUGAGUACAUAGGGUAAGAUAAGAGAAUUGUUAUAUAUGAAGAGUUCAUCCUCAACAAUUUAUAAAGCUAAUGAAUUGUCCAUGUCCCUUGGACAUUUCAAUGUCAGAGCCAGCUUCACAAUUUCAGAAGUAAAAUCUGUAGAAA